AGGAAACAAUGGAGGGAAGGAGGAGGAAGCGUAGGAAUGUAAUCCUGUACGAAGAGUCUGAUGAGGAAGAGAAGGAGACAGAGAGAAAGAGAAAGAAAGAUGACGACGAAACGCCACCGAAGGAAGUGAAGCCCGAUGUCGUGCAACCGGUUGGUGAGCCGGUUAAAAUUACGGGUAGAGGAAAUGGGAGAAGAACCCAUUACAGGCAGUUCGAGUGCAACGGUAAAAGAUACGAGCUGGAGGAAUCGGUGAUGAUGAAUCCAGAAGGCAAUAUUCUAAAUCCUUAUAUUGCCAUUAUCAAGGAUAUUACCCAAAAACAAGAUGGAAGAAUGAUGAUUCUGGGACAGUGGUUUUAUCGUCAAGAAGAAGCAAAGAAAAAGGGUGGUGGAAACUGGGAAACAAAUGAUACACGAGAACUGUUCUACAGUUUCCAUCGUGAUGAGGUCCCCGCAGAGUCUGUGAUGCAUAGAUGCCCGGUGAAUUUUGUUCCAGCUCAUAAGCAACUUCGGAGAAAAAAAGGUUUUAUCGUGCGGAAGGUGUAUGAUACUGAUGAUAUGAAGGUGCGGGAGUUGACUGAUAAGGUCUAUGAAGAUGCAAGACAACAUGAAAUCGACCUCUUUGUGGAAAAGUCUGUGUUGCGAUUGGGUGAUCUUCCUGACCUUGAAACUGAGCAAGAAGAUGCAGAGAAGGCUAAAGGAUCUGCCCAGAAAGUAAACAUAACUCCUGUUGAUGUUAGAAAGGAGGAAGCUACCUUUCCUAGCUCAUCAGAGUAUCAUUCUAUCUUACAAAAGUUUGAUUCACUAACAGAUGAUGCUCAUCGUAACAAGUGUUUGGCGAAGCUUCUGGAAGCAGUCCGGAACAUAUGCUCUAACGCUGGUGAUGAAGCAAAUGUGGGUUCAGAUGUAUUAAAGGAUGAGAGUUUUCUCUGGCCAGAUGCUGCUGUUUAUCCCGUGUGUGCCCUUGAGAUGGCUUUAAAUGUUUCUCUUGCAUCAGAUUAUUCUAAAUACAAUCAGAGGAUAAGGACAUUGGUAUUCAAUCUCAAGAACACUGCACUGCUGGCUAGACGACUGCUCAAUGGCCAGCUAGAACCUGAAAAGAUUUUGAACAUGUCACCCACUGAGUUAAAGGCGGGUCUAACUAAUGGGGAAACAGAAAAGAAUGAGCCUGAUGAUGCGGAACGAAUGCAGAUGACUGAUGUAAGAUGCUUGAGAUGCAGUCAAAUUAAAGUUUGUCUGAGGGAUAUCUUUCAAACUGGGCAUGGAGAUCGCUAUCAGCUGGAGUGUAUUGCCUGUGGAAAUUCCUGGUACGCCUCAAGGGAUGAGGUAUCAAUUCUUGAUGUAGACACUGAACAACCUGCCCGAGGUAGAUGCAGUGAAGCCAUUGAGAAGAAUUUAACCAGUCCUCGUGAAGCUGAGAAGAAAGCGGCAGAAUAUUCCUUGAAGACAACCAAUGAAUCAAAUGCAGACAACAAUCCUAAAGCCACCAAGAAACCUGAGUGA